GCAGCCUCCUCCCUCCGCUCCGGUGACUGCAAGCCGGGCGACGGGGCCGGAGUCGUCGCAGCCACCUCAUUGCACAACCCGGCUUCCCAACUGUUUACACAGCCCGGCCUGUGAGUGUGUGUGUGUGUAUACAGCGUGAGUCACCGGGAGGCGGAGGAGGUGGAGGAAAAGGAGAAGGAGUGCACUGGCCGGGAUCAGUGCGGCGCACACACUUAUUCAGUCACUCUCUCUGAGCGCGUCUCGCUCGCUCACACGCCCGGAGCCCUGGAGCGCGCAGGAUCCCGAUCGGCGCGGAAAAGUUGCGCCGGCUUUUACUCAAGACUAAUUGGUUUGGGAAGUGCGUUUGCUCUGCUGAGCAAUUCCGAGCCUGCGGAAUCCUGUCCUGUGGGCUCAGCACCCGGGAACUCGGGCCUCCACGUCCCGGACUCUCCACAGCCUCGGUAACAAUAGCGGUGGCCGCCGCCAGCAAGGCACCCAGACCUGGUGCCCGCGGGGGUCUGGGGACCUCAGCCGGCUUCCCACUCCCGGACGCGUGGCCAGCGCGGUCCUCGUGUACAGCUCCGGAGUCCAGGAACGGCUCCCGUUGUGCUCCGCUUGGGGGCCGAGCCGAGCGCGGUCUGCAAACUCCAUCCCGCCGACUGGAAGAAGUCGCGGCGCGGACCCAGGGAUUUACAAAGCCGGGGCCGCUCCGGCCAGGGCCGCGAUGCGGGUCGGUCCCGUGCGUUUUGCACUGAGCGGCGCCUCGCAGCCCCGGGGUCCGGUUGGACUGUUCCCGGCUGCCCGGGGCACCCCGGCCAAACGCCUGCUGGACGCGGACGACGCGGCGGCCGUGGCGGCCAAGUGUCCGCGCCUCUCUGAGUGCUCGAACCCCCCAGACUACCUCAGUCCCCCCGGCUCGCCCUGCAGCCCUCAGCCUCCGCCCUCCGGGCAGGGCACCGGCGGCAGCUGCGCGAGCGCACCCGGGCCCAGCCGCAUAGCCGACUACCUGCUGCUGCCCCUAGCUGAGCGCGAGCAUGUGUCCCGGGCGCUGUGCAUCCACACUGGCCGCGAGCUGCGCUGCAAGGUGUUUCCCAUUAAACACUACCAGGACAAAAUCAGGCCUUACAUCCAGUUGCCAUCACACAGAAACAUCACUGGCGUCGUGGAAGUGAUCCUCGGGGAGAGCAAGGCCUACGUCUUCUUUGAGAAGGACUUUGGGGACAUGCACUCCUACGUGCGAAGCCGGAAAAGGCUGCGGGAGGAGGAGGCCGCUAGGCUCUUCAAACAGAUUGUCUCGGCUGUGGCCCACUGCCACCAGUCGGCCAUCGUGCUAGGGGACCUGAAGCUUAGGAAGUUCGUCUUCUCCACGGAGGAGAGAACCCAGCUGAGACUGGAAAGCCUGGAAGAUACACACAUAAUCAAGGGAGAAGAUGAUGCGCUAUCAGACAAACAUGGCUGCCCAGCCUAUGUGAGCCCCGAGAUCCUCAACACUACUGGGACCUACUCCGGAAAGGCUGCAGACGUUUGGAGCCUUGGGGUGAUGCUCUACACUCUCUUGGUUGGACGAUACCCCUUUCAUGACUCAGACCCGAGUGCCCUUUUCUCCAAAAUCCGCCGUGGACAGUUCUGCAUUCCUGAGCACGUUUCCCCCAAAGCCAGGUGCCUCAUCCGCAGCCUCCUGAGACGAGAACCUUCCGAGAGACUCACAGCUCCUGAGAUUUUACUCCAUCCCUGGUUCGAAUAUGUCUUGGAACCGGGCUAUGUUGACUCAGAAAUAGGAACUUCAGACCAGAUUGUUCCCGAGUACCAGGAGGACAGUGACAUUAGUUCCUUCUUCUGCUAAUCCCUCCAUAUCCUACCCCCCCAAAACCUCAGAAACCUCAUAAUUCUCACACAUGGCAUUUCCAUUUCUAAUGAUAGGCAGGCCUUCUUACAUGGUGCCAGCCAGAUUUGGGGUCAGAGCACAAUUGUCCCUGUGGGUCUCGGUGUGGUGACACCUCUCUGGGCUGAGUGAUUUGACUUGAGUAGCACACCCUCAGAUUCGCUGCUCUUCGGAGGCGUCCCCUUCUCGAUGAGCUGUCAUGACUGUCCCAGUGUCGCAUAUGAGGGUGCCCACGUUUUGAAGCUGAUGGAAGGGUAUGGGCGUCUCACCUGGGCAGGUGUAGCAAACUUGAACACUUGAGUGGGAAAGGAAGCACGACGCACAGUGGCAUUUUUAGCAAGGUGGCAAUGGGUUGGGGCGACAGACCUGCCAUCUUUGAACUUGUCUUUGAAGGCUCCACUUGCUGCUGCAGUUUCUCUGGCCGGAAGUUUCUUUUCUUUCCUGUAACCCUCACUCUUGCUGUACACACAACCCAUGACUGUGUUCCGGUGUUGGAGCAGACUGACUGAGAAGCUCCGGAGCCUGCCUGAACCCAGACUCUUUCCCUGGAGCUUACCUCCUAUGCAAUAAUGUCUCCCCGUCCCCACCUUGGAACCUGUCCCCUACGGCUAGGAAAGCACUCACCAGCCAGCUGUGGAAAACUAUUGGGAGAUUCAAAUUCUUGGCUGUUUCAGAACUCUUGAGCUCAGUCAGACAGCAAUGCUUUUAAAAAAAUUAAUUCAGUCAUGUGGUGUCUGUUAGCUCUCAAGGCUCUCCUUGAAUACGGCAGCAUUUAGCCUUCACCCAGCCCCACCCCCACAACCAUCUCGAGGUGGAACAUUUUGUGUAUGAGGACAAGGGUGAGGAGACUCUCCAACUUGCUCCCUCAGGAGCAUAUGCGAACCAUCUUUGUGUUUCAAGGAAAGUGAAUCUGAGACAGUCUUGCAAGAUUCUCAGACUAAUUCCCAGGAUGAAACCGGACACCGCCCUGCCAUGGGUAUGCUGUCUCUGGCAUUCAGGGUCUCCGCUUUCCCAUGAUGGGCUCUUUGGAGUUCACGUCUUGUAUGGCUUAUGAAUCCCUUUUCGAAGCUGGCUCUGGAGUGACAGAGAGAACCUCGAAAAUGUAGCUGGAAAGGAUGGUGAAGCUCACCCCGUGCACAUUCUCUCUUUUAGCUGCCUACCAGAAUUCCCCUGCUUCAGCUUCCACAGGCAGGGACCCAGCCUCUGCCUGAAUGCUUCUGGAUUCGGAAACUUACUCCCUAUAAGAAAUGAAGCUUUUUAGAGAAACUGUUUCAGAGAGACGUUGCAUUAAAAAACAAACAAACAAAAACAGAUGAAAUAGCAGUCACUGUCUGGGACAGUGCUGAAACCAGGUGGUUAAACGGGUAAUGAAAAUACUGUGUUUUGAGAAAUGGCACAGAAGCGGGCAGGCAUCUUCAAGGGCUAUGCCUAGGCAGACUACUAACGUUGUGAGAAUGCACUGUAUACCUCACGUACUGUGUGCUUUAUAUUUGUACAUACAUUUUACCUUUUAUACAUAUGUCCAAUUGUUGUCGUUUGGCUCUGAGGCUUGUUUUGUCGUCUGUGUCUGUCUGAGGAACCUGUGUGUCCAGAGCCAUGUGAAAUGUGAAUGACUGUUGGCAAUACGACCUUGGCAGCAUGGUGGGACUUGGGGAGGAGCAGGGACAGACCUCUGUUGGGGUGCCCGGCUCUUGUAUCUAUGAUACAUUUCCCUGGCUGAGGACUGGAGCUGGCCCGGGCAUUGGCCUGGACGGCUGGCAACACUAGGUCUCCUGUGCGCGUGUGGAAAGGUGAUCGUGGCACACGGUUGCUGACUUGUAGAGAACUUUUAAUAAAUCUGGUUUCGUAAAGAAA